AUGUCGCAACAAAACCCCGACACUGUCGCUGGCGAUCAGCCAUCGAAUAAUACCGCCGCGCCAGCAGCCGACGACAACCCUGCUGUACUUGACACUGACAAGAUUGAUCGUGCGAGCUCCGUCGACACAUCAAUGGAACCAACCGCGCCCACCGAUCAGGCCGCCCUCGAGCACCGCUUCUCGCUGUCUGGGGCCGGUCACAUUUCGCUUGAUGAUGUCGAAGCCGUCGACGUUCAAAUUCGCGACCUUGCAGUCAGUGUCGACACAUCGCCUUCAUGGUUCGACCCUGCAACCUACCCUGAGCUGGCCAAGGCGAAGUUUAAUCCCCAACAGAGCUCCAAAACCCUAUUACACCAUGUCAGCGCUUCCUUGCCGGCCGGGACUUUGACUGCCAUCAUCGGCGGCAGUGGUUCGGGAAAGACCACGCUGCUCAAUACCUUGUCGGAACGCAUGAUCAGUGCUCGGCUGUCGCAAGGAGGGUCGAUCACUUUCAACGGAAACGAAGGGGUGCACAACGCUCGGCACGCGUAUGUGAUGCAGCAGGAUAUUCUUCUACCAACUUUGACCGUACGAGAGACACUGCAGUAUUCUGCCGACUUGCGGCUGCCACCCCCGACAACGGCCGAGGAGCGAAGGCGCAUCGUGGAGGAGGUCAUUUUGGAAUUGGGAUUAAAGGAAUGCGCCAACACGAGGAUAGGGAACAGCCAACACCGGGGAUGUUCUGGCGGCGAAAAGAGGAGGGUCAGCAUCGGCGUGCAGCUGCUUGCAAAUCCGUCAGUGGUUUUCCUCGACGAACCGACUACUGGUCUCGAUGCGACGAGUGCUUUCCAGCUUGUGCGCACUCUCAAGAAGCUGGCGACCAAGGGAAGGACAGUCAUCACUACCAUUCACCAACCGCGAUCUGAGAUCUGGGAUCUUUUCGACAAUCUCGUCAUCCUGACCAAGGGAAGCCCGGUGUACUCAGGCCCGGCCAAGGACUGCGUGCCGUGGUUCGAGGGCAUGAACUUCAAGCUGCCACCGUUCGUCAACCCUGCCGAGUUUGUCAUCGAUGUUGCAGCCAUCGACAACCGCACGCCAGAGCUGGAAGAAGAGACAACAGCACGGGUAGACCGACUCAAGACGGCCUGGAACCACGAAAGCCAGAGGAGGUAUAUGCCAUCGGAGAAGACAGUGGAAACGUCGGGGCGUCGACGGGGCAGCAAAACGGCAACGACAAAACACGCCACAUACGGGCGACAAGUCCGCGUCCUGACCGAUCGAACCUUCAAGGUCACCUAUCGUGACCCAAUGGGCAUGGCGGCCGCCAUCAUGGAGGCGAUACUGAUGGCGAUCAUCACAGGGUACAUCUUCUUCCAAUUGCCCAAAGACCUGUCUGGUAUUCGAUCACGGCAAGGCGCCUUGUAUACCAUCUCAGGAUUGCAGGGGUACUUGGUGCUCAUGUUCGAGGUCUAUCGUCUGACACUAGACAUCCCUACGUACGACCGCGAGCACAGCGAAUUCUGCGUGGAUGCCAUUCCGUUUCUCGUCUCACGUCGCCUCGCACGUCUUUUCACCGAGGAUCUCCCUGUGCCCUUCCUCUUCUCCGUCAUCUUCUACUUUAUGGCCGGGUUCAACAGCGAUGCAAGCCAGUUCUUCAUCUUCUUUGCCAUCACACUUAUUAAUCACUACAUUGCGGUUACAUGCGCGAUCACCUGUGUGACAGCGUCUCGUAACUUCCCGGGCGCCAGUCUCAUAGCCAACAUGGUAUUCACGCUGCAGAGCAUGGCUUGCGGAUACUUCAUUCAGUCGAAUACCAUCCCAGUCUACGUGAGAUGGCUCAAGUGGAUCACGUACCAGUUUUACGGCUUUGGCGCCUAUUGCGGCAAUGAAUUCACAAACGCGCUGUACGACUGUCCUUUGGACGGCGGUUUCUCGAACCCGGCGUGCAACCAGUACACUGGCAACUUUGUCAUGCGAUCUCUUGGCUUUCCUCCGAACUGGACCUGGCGGCCCAUCAUCAUCAUGGUCUCCUUCGUCGUUUUCUUCUGUCUGUUAUCCGCAAUCGGUCUCCAGUUCAUCAAACAGGAGAUGACGAUUGCGCGAGCCAGAGUUUCCGACACGGAUCUGUCGGCCGGCAAGGAGAAAAUGACGGCUCGGUCUAUAUCUGAAGUGCGGACCAUCGACGUUGGGCUAGACGAUUUUGCCCUGGACCUCGACAAGCGAGCAGCGUCUGGCAAGAAGCUUCCUCGGAAGACCAUCUUGAAUCCUGUCAACACCACGUUCCAAGCAGGCAAGUUGAACAUUAUCAUGGGGCCAUCAGGAAGUGGAAAGACCUCACUUCUCAACGCGAUGGCUCUUCGGCUGCACAAUAGUGUCAGUACCAAAUAUCUGCCUUCUGGUAAGCUGACCUUCAACGGUGCCUCGCCGUCAAACUCGGUCAUUCGUUCGGUGUGCUCGUAUGUCUGCCAAGACGACGAUGCGCUCCUUCCGUCUCUCACGGUUCGCGAGACGUUGAAGUUCUCGGCCGGUCUACGUCUGCCGUCCCAUAUGAGUAGAGACGAAAAGAACAGGCGGGCAGAGGAAGUCCUGCUGAAGAUGGGUCUGAAAGAUUGUGCGGAUAACCUCGUUGGUAACGAAUUGGUCAAGGGUAUUUCUGGGGGUGAGAAGCGACGAGUCACCAUCGCUGUACAGCUACUCAGCGAUCCCCGAGUCCUGUUGCUUGACGAGCCAACGAGCGGCUUGGACGCUUUCACAGCCAACUCCAUCAUGGAGGUGUUGCAGGGUCUUGCCCACGAGGGGCGAACACUCAUCUUGACGAUCCACCAGGCUCGAUCUGACCUGUUCAAACACUUUGGUAACGUCUUGCUGCUCGCCCGAGGAGGCUCUCCGGUAUAUGCCGGAUCAGCCAGGGACAUGCUGGGAUACUUCACCCGCCAGGGGUUCGAGUGCCCUGCACACACCAAUCCCGCUGACUUUGCUCUCGACCUCAUCACGAUUGACUUGCAGCAUGAACAAAGAGAGGCAGAAAGCCGCGAAAAGGUCAGGAGGCUCAUCGACAACUGGCAAACGCAAGCUGCGUCAGGGUUUCAGCAGAGAAACGAGCAACGGCUUCCGGGGAUCGACGAAGGAGAAGAGGGUAACUCGUCGGAAUCAACCAAAACCCAUACUCUCGACGCCAAAGCAGGUCAACCGCAAGAGGGCAUCACCAAGUCUUCCUCCCACCCUGACGUGCCCGCCCGCAAAUCAUUCAACAAAGCUUCUCUCGCAACCCCGGCAGAACUCGGCGCCCUGGUCAGGAAACGAGCAUCGUUCUUCACGGCUUUCCCCAUCCUACUCCAUCGCGGACUCAUCAACUUCCGCCGCCAGCCACCCCUACUUGUCGCCCGCGUGAUGCAAGUCGUGAGUCUCGGCGUCGUUCUUGCGCUCUUCUUCUCCCCGCUGAAGAGUGAUUACUUUUCUGUCCAAAACCGGAUGGGUUUCAUCCAGGAAAUCGCCGCCUUCUACUUUGUCGGUAUGCUUCAGAACGUCGCCGUCUUCCCUGCCGAGCGCGACGUCUUUUACCGAGAGGACGACGACGGGGUGUACAGCGUCGAGGCCUUCUUGGCCGCCUACUCCGUCCUCGAGUUCCCGUUCGAGAUCAUCAGCUCCCUCAUCUUCGGCGUCCUCGCCGACUUCGCCGUCGGCCUCCCGUGGACCGUGGAGAUGUACUUCUCGCUCGUCUUCGCCUGCUUCGGCAUCGUCUCCUGCGGCGAGUCGGUCGGCAUCAUGUUCAACACGCUCUUCAACCACACCGGCUUCGCGGUGAACAUCAUCUCGGUCUUCAUGUCCGUCGCCAACACCAUGGCGGGCAUCAUGUCCAUCGACAUGCCGCAGCUGUACAAGAUCUUCAACUACCUCUCGCCGAUCAAGUACGCCACGCGGGCGGUCGCGCCGUACAGUCUUCGGGGGAUCGAGUUUUCGUGCAACGCGGAGCAGCGGUUGCCGAACGGUCGGUGUCCGAUUGAGACGGGCGAGGACGUGUUGGACCUGUACAAGUUCAACGUGAAUCCGCGGGUCAACAUUGCGGCGUUGGCGGGGUGCGUCAUCGUGUAUCGACUUGUCGCGUGGGCUUUGCUCCGCGCAGCGAGGACGCGGUUUGAUAAAUUGAGGGGAAAUUGA